CACUAUAAAGAACAUGAAAAUAUGAGUCUGGUUUGAGAGACAAUAGUGAAUACAUUUCAGUACAUAUUAUUUCUUAAACAGAACAGUUUCAAAAUGUCAGCUGAAGAUACGAUAGAAACGAUCAUAGGUCGUUUUGGAAAAUAUCAAAUAUGGAUUUUGUUUCUAAUAAUCCUUGGGAGGUUCCCCACUGAAUACCAGCUGAGCAAUGUCGUGUUCAUCAUGCCAAGCGUUGAAUAUGUGUGCAUGGAUGAAAAUGCAUAUAACUUGACCAAUCAUUGUCCGUGUUCAAAUCCUCAAUAUGACCAAAGUACAAUUGUGAGUUCAGUGACUAGUACUUGGAAUCUUAUAUGUGAAAAACAACAGUUGGCAAGUUUGACGCAAUCAAUGUUGCAAGUGGGUAUUCUUGUUGGAAGUAUAUUCUACGGACAUUUAUCUGAUAGGUACGGUCGUAAAGUUGCGUGUUUACUGGCACUCAUAUCAGAGAUUGUCUUUGUGGCUUUAUCCGCGGCUUCAUCUGAAUUGUGGAUGUUCAUCGUAGCACGGUUUUUUAUUGGAACAGCAGUUGGAGGAACAAUGCUUUGCUGCUAUAUCAUCAUAAUUGAACUCAGUGGAAAAUCAUUCAGACCAUAUCUGACGGGAUUAAUUGAAAUAUCCUACAUAUCAUCCUACUUUACGCUUCCCAUGAUCGCUUAUUAUUUACGCGAUUGGAGACACCUCCAACUGGCUACGUCAGUGCCUUGGGCGUUUGUUAUACUUUACUAUUAUCUUAUACCAGAGUCACCGAGAUGGUUGAUAACGAUCGGCCAAAAAGAAAGAGCUGUACAAAUAUUAACUUACAUUGCCAACAAAAACAAAAGACCAACUAAUAACAUAAGCGCUUUAGUUGACAGAGCUGUAAUGGAAUCGCAAACGAGUAGUAAUAAGCAACAUGCGACUUAUACAGAUCUGUUUAAAACUCCGAAGAUCAGAGCGUAUACGUUAAUCAUUGCCUGCGUUUGGAUGUGUUGUUCACACACAUUCUUUGGCAUCAAUCAGUAUAUUGGUCGGCUUCAAGGAAACAUUUAUCUUAAUGUAAUGGUUUCGGCAGUAAGUCUUAUACCUGGAGUGGUGUUAGUCGUUUUAGCUUCUUUGUACCUUAGACGAAAGAUCGCUGUUAUUACAAGUUUUGUCGUAGCUGGAGUCUCGCUAUUAGUUUUCAUAUUUAUACCGGCUGAUAUGCGAAUUGUAGAAUUAACAUUCGCUAUGAUAGGUCAGAUCGGAGCUUACACAGCCUUCGUACAGGUAUAUUUGUAUUCAUCAGAAAUUUUCCCAACGGUAGUGAGAAAUUCUGCAAUGGGAUUUGCUUCAGUUUUUGCAAGAUUUGGUGGAUUUAUUGCACCGUUUGUUGUAAAUAUAGGAAUAGAAUGGGUAGCUCUCGUAAUAUUUACUAUUUUAGCAUUUUGUGCUGGAUUUUUAUGUUAUUUCUUACCGGAAACCAAAGAUAUUGUGCUUUUAAAUACAAUUGAUCAAACAGAAAAAUCAAAGGAACGUAAAACCAUAAGCUAAUAGCAGGUGUUUUUAAACUCAAAAGAGAUAUUUGUUUUUAUAUGUCUUAGUUAUAAUGUGAAUGUAAACUGAACUAUAUAAAUGAUCUAAUACGUGUAGAGCUAUUCUGUAAUAAUAAACUCGAAAGUCACAUGACAUUGACUAUGAUAAUUAUAAAAUUGAUAGCAUACAAGUAUAAAAAUAGCGUAUCACCGUAAGUCGGUGGUCAUUAUUUGACGAGUUGAAACGAAGUGACUUCUAGAAUAACACUGCUGAUCACUUUACUGACAAUUUUAGAGCGAGAAAAAGACAUUUAUAAUUUUGUAAAAUUAUAUUACUUGCAGUGAAAAAAUAAACUGAUCCUACACUCCUUAUUUAGCGAGUUACGAGUUUAAGGGUAAACUAAAUUACGCGGCUUGUAGUGAAGUGAACUGGCGGAUGUGGUCACGUAAGGAAAGCUGUUUC